AUGUGCUGCGGCUCUUCAGAUGACUACGAGCAACCACAGCAAUACCACAGCCAACGCCCUCAGCAGCAACGGCAACCGCAGCGCCAGCCACAACGCCAGCCCCAGCGACGUAUGGAUCCCGCAGUUGAGGAGAUGAUGAAGCGCAAGGCGCAGGCGGAAGCGUCAAAGGCCGCAAGGGCUUACGGCUGGCCCCAGGACAGACCCAACAUCGACCCCGUGCAGGCACGCAAGUGGAAUGCCAGCGACCGCGACAGCUGGGUUGAGCCCAGUGCCGUCGGAAAUCUCGUCGCCAUGCCCGGCGCAGAGUUCGGCGCAGAGUUCGGCGCCGUCUACAACCCUGCGCGAGCGCGCCAGCCCCAGCGACCCCAACGCAGCCAACCCGGUCGACCUGCCCGGCCGAGCCCGCCGGUUACCCGUCAGGUCCAGCCGCAGUACUUCCAGCAUCGCGACACCGCAAGCCGCCCUACGCAGUAUGCGCCGCGGCCCGUCAACCAGCAGCCGGCGCGUGUCGCUCCCAUGAGCACCAGACCAGCACAGCCGCAGAUGCAGACAGCGCAACAUGCCCCGCGCAUGGUGCAGAGACAGGGCACGAUGCACUCGAUGCGCGGCGUGGUCGAGGAGGCCGAGCCCCAAUGGGCGCACGUCCACCAGCACAACGCAGGGCUGGUGCGGAGGGACAGCAACGGCAUCUCCGAGUGCAGCGACGACGACAAACCGGCUGCAUGGCGCAGUCACUGCGUGUCGCCCACCGUGCCGUCGCCGCAGAAAACCCUGUAUGGUCAGGUCGGCAUGGGACGUCCACAGAACGGUCACGCUUUCUGA